AUGAAGAUUUUCAUGAAAAUAAGUUUCUUCAGAAGACGCUUCAAUAAUAAGCGCAGAAAAGAGGGUACUAUUAGUGUCCUAAAGCAAGCUUUUAGGGCUCAUAAAUGGGAGAAAAAGGUCACCAUUUGGAGGCCUAAAAAGUACAAAUCAAUACCAAAAGAUGUCCCAAAAGGUCACUUAGCAGUCUAUGUGGGUGAAGAGUGCAAAAGAUAUGUCAUCAACAUUACCUCACUCAAACACCCUUUGUUCCAAGCACUUCUCAGACAUGUUGAGGAUGUGUUUCAGUUUGCCAAUGGAUCAAGACUCUGCAUUCCUUGUGAUGAGUACGUUUUCCUCAGUGUUCUCCAGUGCAUUCGCUUCGAAAGAGAUUGGAGGUUUUCGUUGUCUUUGAGAAAGUGA